CAUCCCUGGCACCAGCACUCACUGCCAUGGCCCCCGCCAACUCCUCCCGCAACUUCUCCGCGCCGGAGGCUCGGAACGGCUCAGCAGCAGAGAAACCAGCACCGUACACCAAUGUGAUCAUGCCCAGCCUCUUCAGCAUCAUCUGUUUCCUGGGCAUUGUGGGGAACCUCAUUGUCAUCUACACUAUUGUCAAGAAGAAGAAGCUGAGAUGCAAACAGACUGUGCCUGACAUUUUCAUCUUCAACCUCUCCAUUGUGGACCUCCUCUUUCUCUUGGGCAUGCCUUUCCUCAUCCACCAGCUCCUAGGCAAUGGCUCAUGGUACUUUGGAGCUCCCCUAUGCACCAUCAUCACUGCCCUGGACACCAACAGUCAGAUCACCAGCACCAACAUCCUUACAGUGAUGACACUGGACCGUUACCUGGCGACUGUCUACCCUCUAAAAUCUACCUAUGUCCGGACCCCGUGUGUUGCAGCUCUAGUUAUCUGCUUGGUGUGGCUCCUUUCCUUCCUGACCAUCAUUCCUGUGUGGAUGUAUGCAGGUCUUAUGCCUCUGGAGGAUGGGACUGUCCGCUGUGCUCUCUUGCUUCCCAACCCAGAGACUGAUAUCUACUGGUUCACCCUCUACCAGUUCAUGCUGGCAUUUGCUGUGCCAUUGAUUGUGAUCUGUGUGGUCUACUUUAAGAUCCUCCAGCACAUGGCCACCACUGUGGUCCCAUUGCCCCAAAGAAGCCUCCAGCUGCGUACCAAGAAAGUCACCCGCAUGGCAGUUGCCAUCUGCUCUGCCUUUUUUAUUUGUUGGGCUCCCUUCUACAUCCUCCAGCUGGUUCACCUCGGCAUCGACACACCAUCCAUGGCCUUCUUCUAUGCUUACAACUUUGCCAUUAGCUUGGGCUAUGCCAACAGCUGCCUCAACCCCUUCCUCUACAUUGCCCUCAGCGAGACCUUCAAGCACCAGUUCUUAGUGGCCAUCCGCCCUGCAAAAGAGCCAUGUCGCAACAGCAGCUCUGUCAACAACAACAGCAUGACAGAGGCCAGUGUUUGUCUAAAACUGGCACCAGAAUCCACUCAGCAGACUCAGUUUCUGGAGGACUUUUCCCCACGUUCACUGCCUGUGACUGUGGCUGUUCACUAGGGCACUCUGAAGCAACUGCAGCAAAAAGCCUUCAGAUCUAUGAGUCAAUGGAGAAGCAGAAGUUUCAGGCAGUUCUUGGUGAAGUGUAUGAACAACAAGCUUCCACCUCCAAGAGUUCAGGUGCCUCCCUUUUUCAUUGCAGGGCUCUGUUCCUCCACUGCCCUUGGCCUAUGAGAUGCUGCAUACUGCUGCUUCGUUCCACUCCUGCACGGGAGGGUUCUGCGACACAAGAAACUGGGCACCCAGAACGGAUGGAUGGAAAAGAGAGAAAGGACAGAAAGAGGAU